AUUCAACACUUCUCCAGAUUCCUCUCACCUAAAACCCUCCUCCAUUAUAUACCCAACCUUCUCUCAUCCCCUUCUUCGUCCACAUCUCUCUCUCUCUCUCUCUCUCUCUCUCUCUAUAUAUAUAUAUAUAUAUAGCUUUGAUUCUAAGGAAGCUCAGAGAAACAGGGGAAUUAAAUUCAAAAUGGGUAUGGUGGUGGUGAUUUCUCUGCCAUUGAUUUUGUUCUGCUUACUGCUUGGUUUUGGAUGCUACUUCUUGGGCCGAGCCAGAGGACGACAAGACGUACGCACCAACGCGCAGAUCUACGGCGUCCCCGCUCCGCCGCCUGGCGCCGCCAAUCCUUUCCCUUCUCCGCCGCCGUCCCACUCCAAACCCAAUAUUUCUUCCAAUGUUUAGACCCUUCAAGUUUCUAUUUUUUUGGGUUUGUGGAAAUGGAAUGUGAUAAAUGGUGUGGCUUUUUUUUUUUUUUUUUUAAUGUGAUUUGUGUUGUGGGAAUUUUGAGUAUAGAUUAAAAUAGCCUAAUUGGGCACUUUUAAUAUAUGGGGUUUGAUUUGGGUGUAUAUUGGACUAUAUUUGUUGUA